AUCAUGUCUCUUUGGCUUUCUUUCGUUCUUACGCAGUUGAAACUGGAGAAACACCUCAGGCUCCAAGCACGUACCAGCUCACCCCGACGCCCCUCGCCCCAUGACUAUCUCGCGCUGACCGCACUACGCAAUACACCAGGAAGCCUGGACACGUACUACUACGGCCUGAUGUGCGAAAAGUACCCUGGGAUCGAGCAGGCCAGCAGCGCCGAAAGAGCCGCGGCCGACGCCAGCAGGAGGGUGGGGGCAAAGAGGGACUCGACGGAGAGGAACGCCACCCUUGGCGUGCAAGAGAAGAAGAAAAAGAAGAAGGAGAACGAGAUCGAGGACGCGGCGAAGGUCGCCGCCUCAGCAGCAACGGAGGAACUGGGUCUUGGGGCGGGCUUGGCUUCGCUGCUGGGUAUGCCUUCCACCCCCAAGUAUUCCGACCCCCCCACCUCCAUCUACGACACCAUCGAGGGGUGCGAGACUAGGAACAAGAAACUCGAAUACUCCGCCCGUCUCCGCCAAACACUUGCGGACAUCAAGGAGGACACCAGGAAGGAGAAAGCGCUGGGCGACGCCGCUGACCUGGAGGAUAUCCAGAUCAUGGAAGCCGAGCUGAAAAAAGUGAGAGCCGCCCUGAAGAAAGAGGUGGCAGAUAACCUUUGAACUUGGAGCGGUGUUCGUGGUUGUGGCUACGACGGAAAUUUGGGCCGGGCGGGCGGGGGAGAGCAGGGGUGGUGUGUGGUGUGUGGUGGGAAGGCGUUGUUGUAGAGACUGUGCAUGAUUGUUGUGCAUCCCUGCGCCCGUUCCUCUCUGUAUCUCGCUGCUGGGUGAAGGAAUAGACUCUCUUCGAUUAAUUGGUUGAUAUUUUGCCCAAGACGUAAAGAACAGAAUGCAGUACCGGUGGGGCUUCCUUUCUGGCGUCGUGGGGGGCAACGUCGCGUUCUUGGCUGUUGUAAUUACUUUUGAUUCGCCACAUGCUUGUAGGGCCGGGCGGGGUAGCCGGAGUCAACCCCGACGUGGCGGCUAGCCGUGUGGGCGCCUUAUUAUUAUUUUUUGGUUUUGACUAGUUGCUCACAGUUUUAUAUUCUUGAACUGGCAGGGGGACAAUUUCGCUAUUCUGUAUCUUGAUCGUUGGGUUGUUGCCUUCCCGCGGUAGGAACGCUUUGCUCGAACGCCCACCCAGAGGCUUGUGUUUUUUUCUUGUGAUGUAGCUGUAUUUUACUUGUGAUGUCUUGUCUUUAUUAGUUGUUUGGUAGCGCCCUGCCUACAGGAGCGACAGGGUGAAUUCGUCCUUUUAUUGUCGACCACACACCGGGUGAUGUUGCCGGAGGCAGUAGCUGCCUGCAGCAGCCAGGGUUUCAGAGCUACUGCCAUGAUAGGGGGUGGAGAUGUAUCGUUUUGUCGUUGUGUUGCAUGUUCGGUUAUCUGAGGUCGCUCGCCCUUCUGAUUUGUACGCGACAUGAUACCUAGUUCGGGUUGGGCAUUCGGAAAAUCGUCAGUACCACUAUUAUUCUUGAUGUAGAGAUAUUUUCUAUAGAGAUCAUGAUUCCGCUUCAGGAAUGAAUGUUGUGCAUACCGUGGAUUGUGUUUUCUGCAGCUCCCUGCAUACGCAGGGCGCGACGGACAGUUUAGUUUUUUCUUGUCUGGCACUACGAUUGUUAUUUUGCCGUGCCUACCGACCCGAGGUUAGCUCCGGUGGUUUGUCGGAGCCAUCCUUUCCAUUUCGGCAAUGGCAUCUACAUAACGCAGCUUGUAGAAUUGUAGCGUGCGUACAACGUCCGUGUUGUGUGUUUUGGCUGGCGGUGACUCGUUGCUCUGUUUCUGCCAUUCGUUUUUUUGGGGUGUUUUUGUUGGAGGUCGUGUAGCCGCUGCACGGAACGCGCCGAAGUUGUCGCUUCGGUAGGCAUGUAGCUACUCGCCGCUUGAAUACAGUAUCUAGUGCUUUUUGUUGUCUUUCAACAG